CUUUGGAUAAUAUGACAAGUUUCUACACAUUGGCUUUGAUAGUGUUGUUUUUACAUGUGAAUCCUAUUGUUUCUUCUAAAGAUAGGAAAUUAAGCUAUGGUGAUAAUGAUGAUCUUGUGACUAACUUACCUGGCCAGCCUCCUGUUUAUUUCCAGCACUAUGCUGGAUAUGUCACAGUUAAUGAAACCAAUGGAAGAGCAUUGUUUUACUGGUUUUUUGAGGCCAUUACUAAGCCUGAAGACAAACCAUUGGUUUUAUGGCUUAAUGGAGGUCCUGGAUGCUCAUCUGUUGGAUAUGGAGCAACACAAGAGAUUGGUCCAUUUUUAGUGGACACUGAUGGCAAGGGUCUCAAAUUUAACAACUUCUCAUGGAACAAAGAAGCAAACAUGUUAUUCUUGGAAUCUCCUGUUGGAGUUGGAUUUUCUUAUUCAAAUACAACCAGUGAAUAUGCACAACUAGGAGAUGACUUCGCAGCUAAUGAUGCUUACACAUUUCUGCACAAUUGGUUUCUCAAGUAUCCAUCAUAUAGAACAAGAGCAUUUUACAUAGCCGGAGAGAGCUAUGCAGGAAAGUAUGUACCAGAGCUUGCUGAACUCAUCAUUGAUAGAAACAAUGACCCUUCCCUUCAUAUUGAUCUCAAGGGCAUUUUGCUGGGAAACCCUGAAACUUCUUAUGCUGAAGAUUGGUUAGGAAUGGUCGAUUAUGCUUGGAGUCAUGCAGUGAUAUCUGAUGAAACCUAUAAAACAAUCAGAAGAAGUUGUGACUUUAACUGUAGUGAUCCAUGGAAAAAUGAAGAAUGUACUCAUGGUGUGGAUGAAGUGCUUAAACAGUACAAUGAAAUUGAUAUUUACAGCCUCUAUACCUCAGUCUGCUUUGCUAGUACAGCGCGAUCUAACGAUCAAUCGAUGAAAAUGGUGAUGAAGCACUCAUCUUUAAUGAUACCAAGGAUCAUGGGUGGUUAUGAUCCAUGUUUGGAUGACUAUGCUAAAGCUUUUUACAACAAACCAGAUGUUCAGAAAGCCCUUCAUGCCAGUGAUGGUCAUAGUCUAAGGAAUUGGAGUAUUUGCAACAACGACAUAUUUACCGGAUGGAAACAAACAAAACAAUCUGUUAUCCCAAUUUACAAGAAGCUUAUUUCAGCCGGACUUAGAAUUUGGCUUUACAGUGGAGACACUGAUGGUAGAGUGCCAGUGCUAUCAACCAGAUACAGCUUAAGCAUUCUUGAUUUGCCUAUUACCAAACAAUGGAGUCCUUGGUACCAUGAAAAAGAGGUAAGUGGAUGGUAUCAAGAAUAUGAAGGACUUACGUUUGCUACAUUUAGAGGAGCUGGUCAUGCAGUGCCCUGUUUUAAACCAAGCAAUUCACUUAAAUUCUUCACCACCUUUCUUCUUGGAGAAUCACCACCUUCAACUAGAUAAAAUAAAAGAAUGUGAUUUUUAUUUUUAAAAAAUAAUAUGUGAUUUUGGCUGUUAAGUUUUGCAAUUACGUGGUAGUACUAUCUUAUCAUAAUGUUAAGCUAGCAUAUACAAAUAUAUCAUAUGAUAUAUGAUGAUAUAAAUAAAAGAGUAUCACUAUUUCAAAUUGAUUAAAUGCAAAAUCUAAUUUUAUUUUA